ACCAAAUUUUGCUCUGCAAACUUCACACCGCUGAAGAAAAGGUAAACAUCAUUUGGCAUCGCAAAUCGCAAAGCUUGCAACGCAUCGUGUUGGUUAAAAGGAGAGAUUAGGAUGAAUAUAGAGAGAAUUAUGGAUAUAAAAGUGGAAAAGGAGGAAGGUCUUACCACGGAAAGUGAAGAUCAGAACGUUUUUGAGUGUGAUGUCGUAAAGGAAGAGUAUGAAAUCCAUGAAAGCAGUCUGCCAGAACAACAACCUCAAAAACUGGAUGAAAGCAAUGGAGAAUUCAUUCAUUUUGUGAUUUCAGAAAUCAAAUUAAUUCCCAGCAAAGUGAGUUUUGAAUGUGCGCACUGUUUGAAAACUUUUCGCCGAAAAUGCAAUUUAUUAACUCACUUAAGAGCACAUUUCGAGAAACCCUUGCCGUGUCCCAUUUGUAAGAAAGUAGUGAAGAAUACUUUAGCCCUUCAGUGGCAUCGUAAUAGGACGCAUGGUAUCACAAAACCAUGUGAAUGCCGGAUAUGCGGAAAAGACUUCAUUGCAAGGUCACGAUUGGAGUUGCGUAAGCACAUGAAGAAAAUUCACUCUUGCGCCCCACAAAAUUGUCACAUCUGUGGAAAAUCAUUCCCGACGAAAUACACCUUUGAAAGACAUAUGGGUAUUCACAGAAUCAAUGAGUGCCAAAUAUGCUUCCGCAAAUUCUCAAUUAAGAGACUCCUCGAAGAACACAUGAGUAUUCACAGUGGUGAAAAGCCUUUUACUUGUGAUAUUUGCAAUAAAAAGUUCAGAUUGGACAAAGACAUAAAGCAACAUAAGAAAAUUCAUUUGCCACCAACUGGCAUGCUGGAAAAAUGUAUCUACUGUCCAAAGACGUUCAAGACGUUAGAAGGUCUCAAGUCUCACGUGAAGGCUUAUCAUCGAGGCCUUCCAAGAGCAAAGAAAUCUGUUCCAAUGUGCACAAUUUGCAAGGAAGUUUUUCAGAAAUACGACGAAUUGUUGGCACAUGUGAAGAUCCACAAACGCGUCUUUCGUUUCGAAUGUGCAAUGUGUGGCAAGAAAAGCGCUCACAAAUAUCUAUUGAGACAACAUAUUGAGAAAAUCCACUUGAAAGCUACAGAUGAGAAUAAAAAGUGCCACAAGUGUUCAAUUUGUACGAAAGCGUUCAAAAGAGUAGCUCAAUUGCAAAUUCACAUGACAAGUCACAGCUCUGAUCUUCCGUUCUGCUGUUUAAUAUGUUCAAAUAGAUAUAAAGUUAAAACUACACUAAAGACUCAUAUGGAAAAGCAUCAACUUUUGCAUGAAGAAGACAAAAACUGUCCUUAUUGUUCAAAGACUUUCGAAAGAAUGAGCAGCAUGAAGAACCACUUGAAAUUCUCACAUAGAGGACUUACUCUCAACACUAUAAAUCCACCCUUCAGGUGCAGUGUGUGUAAACAAAUUCACAAAACAUUAGAAGGCCUGAAGAAGCACGCUUUAUUGCACAAGAACGACUUUAAGUGUGAGAUUUGCAAGAAGAAAUUUCAUGAUAAUAGAAUGCUAAGGAAACAUUUUGAAGUGUUUCAUACAAAAAUAGAGAAGCCGAAAAUCCAAAAGACGCCGAAGGUCUUCAAGUGCCCAAUGUGUGAAAAAAAACUAAAAUCCAAGUAUACUUUACAGAGACAUUUAAUUUCUUGUAAAAGAAAAACCAGCCAGGAAACAUUGCGUGCUAAUGAAUCAUCAAGGGCGUCACUGAAAUUAGAAAUUGAAAUAGAUGAUAUAAAAGAAGAAAUAAUGGAUGAAGAUUUUUGAUCAUAUUCAUAACAGUGUAGAAAAAUUCUGCCUUUUAUCUUUAUUUUAUUUAAUUCAUCAUUUAUCGUGAGCAAAUCGGAGGAAAAGACUUUUCCUAAAUCUUAUACACAUCAUACAUAUUCAUUAAAUUCAGCUUGGAAGACUGCAUAAUGAUUUGU